UUUAUUGGCCGGCAUUUUGGAAGGUCCGUAUAGCCUGCUCAUUUCGUAGUUCUUUACGAAGUGUGACUUGCUUUGCUUUGGAUUUUUACGAUCAUCUUUGGAGCAUAUUUCAUCAAAGAUGUCUUUUGAUAUGAAUAACGAAGAUGGACUGUCUGUUAGCAGGUUAAAACAUUUUAAGAACAAAGGAAAAGAUCAAGAGGAAAUGAGAAGACGUCGAAAUGAAGUUACAGUUGAGCUAAGAAAAAACAAAAGAGUGGAAGCAAUUUUAAAACGAAGGAAUGUCCCUGAACUUGAACCAGGAGAAGAAGAUGAUGAAAAACCAGUGAAUACAGAUCUAGAAAGUAUUGUACACGAUGCUAAAAGUCCAGAACCAGAGGUACAGUUAACAGCUAUCCAAGCUGCUAGGAAACUACUAUCAAGUGACCGUAACCCACCUAUUGAUCAACUCAUAGAAUCUGGUAUCUUGCCUAUCCUAGUACAGUGUCUUACAAGAAAUGACAAUCCAUCUCUGCAGUUUGAAGCUGCUUGGGCUCUCACAAACAUUGCAUCAGGUACUUCGACACAGACACAAGCUGUAGUACAUGCUGGAGCCGUUCCGCUAUUUUUACAACUACUGGAUUCAUCACAUCAGAAUGUAUGUGAGCAGGCAGUCUGGGCACUAGGCAACAUUAUUGGUGAUGGUCCAUCAUGCAGAGAUUAUGUGAUCAGUCUCGGAGUUGUGGAACCUCUCCUUAAGUUCAUUAACCCCAAUAUCCCACUGUCCUUCUUACGCAAUGUCACGUGGGUGAUUGUGAAUCUAUGCCGUAAUAAGAACCCACCUCCACAUAUUGAAACGAUUCGACAGAUACUCCCAGCCCUCUAUGCUCUCAUUCAACACAGAGAUGUAAAUAUUUUGGUAGACACAGUGUGGGCAUUGUCAUACCUGACAGAUGGAGGCAAUGAGCAGAUUCAGAUGGUAAUUGAAUCACUUGUUGUUCCAAUGCUAGUUCCUCUGCUCAGUCACACAGAAGUCAAGGUACAGACGGCAGCAUUGAGAGCAAUAGGAAAUAUAGUGACGGGAACCGAUGAACAGACUCAAGCUGUGUUAAACUGCAAUGCCCUCAGUCACUUCCCAGGAUUACUCAACCACACAAGAGAAAAGAUCAAUAAGGAGGCUGUGUGGUUUUUAUCAAAUAUAACUGCUGGAAAUCAACAGCAAGUACAACAGGUUAUUGAUGCUAAUCUCAUCCCUCGUGUUAUUAAUCUAUUAGAGUUUGGUGAAUUUCAAACCCAAAAGGAAGGUGCCUGGGCAAUUAGUAACCUAACAAUCAGUGGAACGCGAGAGCAGAUUCGCUAUUGUAUUGAACACGGUGUAGUGGUACCACUGUGUAACCUGCUGACAGUUAAAGACACUCAGGUCGUUCAGGUCGUCAUUGACGCUAUCAACAACAUAUUAAAAGCUUCUGGUGAGCUGAGUCAGCAGGUUAUCCAUACUAUUGAAGAGUGCAAAGGAUUGGAUAACAUUGAAGCCUUACAACACCAUGAGAAUGUUGAGAUUUACAAGAUAGCUUAUGAAAUUGUUGACACCUAUUUUUCAGGAGAUCUUACUGAUGAGGACCCUGCUCUUGCCCCAGAGACGGAACCCCAAGGAUUUCAGUUUGAGGCAAGCGCUGCGAUACCACAGGAAGGAUUUAAGUUCUAAGUGAAUGAUAGGCAAGACGAACAGAAACAUAGACAGGAAACAAAUUUACGAAUGUCGCUAGUUAUCUCCACUUGACACUUCUCGAGGAGAGUUCCUCUCGUUUUCAAAAAUACUGGUUAUUCUCUGGUAUCCAUUUAAAAUAUGCUCAACUGGAGCAGCUGUGUGUGAGAGUAGCCAUGUGAUGAUGAUCAUGUGAGAAGUAGAUGCUGACCAUGUGACAUGCCCAAGUGGCAGUCAUGUGGUGCCACACUGCAACCAUGUGCCACCUGUGGUUGUGUAAUUAGAAUGUGACAGUGUGCUAGUGAGAGAAAAAAAAAUAAAAUAAGAAGUUUGUCUGCGAGUGUGACGAGACAAGAUAUGUCUGAGGAUCAAAACGUGCACAGCGCCCUCCCGUGUUGGUGGUGCAGUGUGUGCGUGAGAAGAUGCGUGACAGUUAACGUGAGAUCGGAUGCAAGUUAAUUAGCUCCAGCUUCAAGUAAGUGAUGAUGGUAGCUACUGAUACUAAAGCAUUGGCUUAAUGGUCGGCCUACCCACAGGCCUUGCCAAAGCUUCCAAAUGCUAAAAUCAUUUCAAACCUUAUAACAUGUGUACAUAUUUUUUUUUUAUAGUAGAAGAAAUUAAUACAAAACAGAAAGAAAUUGGUGAAUUAAUGAAUUAUUUAAUUCUGUUAAAUUAUAGUAACCUGAUCAGAAUUCAAUAUGUACAUGCAGUAUACAAACUCAAGUAAAUUUUAAUGAAUAAAAAUGUUUCAUAAUUCCUACAUGACCAUGACUAUCUUUGGGGAGAUAAAACAUACAAUAAUAAAUAACAUCCUCAUUUAGUCUUUAGUCUAUACAUAGUACGUUACAUAUUGGCUUUUAAACAAUGUUCCAUCCAUAAUAUACAAACUAUUACCAUAAAUGUUAACAUCACUAGUUUGCCCUUAAAUACUUCUUAAAACAAUUUAAGAAAAAAAAAAAAAAAAUUUAUAAAUUUAGCUGUUAAAUAUUUCUCCCUCUGUGGUGUUCCACUCGCCUCUAUUAUGCCUCCCUCUGUGCUGCUUUGAUUGGAGUGAAAACAGAGUUGAGAUACACAUUUUGUGAAAGCUAUUUUUAUUGCAAACCUCUGUAUGCUUAAGCAACUUUUCAUUGUUUUCCAAGAUUCAUGACAUUUACGUAAUACAGGUUCCUUGAGAUUCCGAAAACUAUUGAAUAAACUGGUCCACAUUUUGUUAUAUAUACUUCAUAAAUUCAUGUUGAAUGCUGUUAAAUAUAUAUUUAAAAAAAUACAUUUUAGACAGAAAAACUGAUUAUCGGAUUACAUUUUAACAAUUAGAGCAUAUAAAGAACCAGUUGCUAUAUGGGAUUUAAUUGGCUCGGAAUAUCAAAGUAUAAUUGAAUAAUACUUGUAAAAUUUAUCCAGUACUAAUAAUGAUUCAAUAGUCAAUAAAAAUAGAUAUUGACCAGCACAUAAAAUGUAUAAUGCAAGUGUUAACUAAACAAAUAACUGCUUGCAAAAAUGUAUUAUUUCAAUAUUUAAUAAGUCCAUACUUAUGCUAUUCUGAAGCUUGUUAGAUUAUUAAAAAUAAACAAUCUACCCCCUCCCCCUAAAAAAGAUGCAACACCAAACUUUUACUUCCAACUUACCCAGCAAGUGUACUCGAUAAUGGAGUUUCCCACCUUUCAUUUAAGGGUUGGCUCCAGCAAUAAUAAUAUAAUGGCUUACCUUAAAUAUCUUUUUUUAAUGCAAAUCAUAUACAGUAUGAACAUAGCAAGUUUACUCCCUUUAGAUCACCUAACAAUUUUUCCAAGAGUUUGUAUUGGGAUAGUAAGGAUCAGUAACUUAUUUAUUGGGCGUUACUCCAUUAACUUAACAUGGUUUUGGGUAGAGUCUCCAUUCAAGUUGUAGGGAUCGUAUAGAAUUAUGCCAUAUGUCUGUAGGCUAAGAAGCUAAGAAGUAGGCAUGUUAGUAAUAUUGAAUGUGUUUUAAAAAACUGAAAUUGAUAUAUGCUAUCAAAUUCCCCAGUUGUUGUAAAUUGGUUAUAUUUUGAAAGGUUCAUAUAUAGAAGGAAAUUAGUAAGCAGAUAAAUUUGGAGAGCUUGUAAGCUGUAAGUUACUGAGGGUUUUCUGGGAAGUGGGUUUGCAGGGGUACAAAUGUAAUGGUGCCCCAUGCUGGGAGGGAAAUACAGGCUAUAGAUUUUCUGGGGUUGCUGUUGAUUGCUUGUAGAUUGGGGAAAUGGGUGAUUUUAAACUGGGAUUUUUAUUCCAUAGUAAUGGGAGUUAAAAAGUAAAUGUACUCUGCUUUGGUGUAUUUAAUAAGCAUUACACUGUAUAAUGACAUCUAUAGCAGUGUUAACAUUUAGUUUAUGGUUUUUCAUUUUAUGAAAUUAAACAAAUCUAGAAGUACUCAUCUUCUUAUGCCUUAUUCAGUUAAUAGGAAAAAUAGUUUCAAAAUGUUAUUCCUAUUUUAGAAUGCUUUUAUGAUGAUCUUAACAUUUUAAACUCUCAAAGGAGAUUUUACAUGGUGGCCUCAUGUAUUUUUGUGUGCAAUUUUUCUGUUAUUUUAUUAGUGACAAUGUGGUUUCAUAUUACAUUUUUGUUUUUAUGUUGAUAAAUGUAGAGGAGGACAUCAUAUUUUUUUUAAUUCUGUGUACGGAUCUUUUUUAAUAGUUCUUGUAUGGUUUUUUUUAAUUUUUUUUAAUGAAACGUGAACAUUGUUUGCAACUCUCUUUUUGAGUCAGUGGUGGAAUUAUGCACGAUAGAGAUAGGUGGUGCCAUUAUCUAUAAUUGUAAUUAAUUGUUGAUCUGUUAAAUCAGAGAUAUAUGGGGAAAAAAAAUAUAUAUAAAUGUUAUUACGUCCUAAAAUGAGGACAGACCCCAAUUCCCCUCCUUCAAUCUAAAAAUUCUGCCACUUUUCUUUUUCUAUUUAUGAUUCCACCACCGAUUCAACGGUUCUUGUCAAAUUUAGUCAAUGAUAUGGAUCUUUGACGUGGGUAAAAAAUUAUUGAAUUGAAGGGCUCGGAUGAGCAGCAUUUAAUAUUUUAGAAUCUAUUUCACAUUUAGUAGCAUGUAGUGAAGUGUCCAAGCUUGUGUUCUUUUCUAGCAAGGUCAUUCAUUUACAGAAUGCUCAAUUUGUCCAUUUACUGCAGCUUAUUAGCAUAACAUUUUUUUCGUUGUAAUUUUAUAUUCUCUGUUAUUGCACCGGCUACUAAAUUAUGAUUUGUGUUUUAAUGUUAACUAAUCCACAGCAUGCGCCAAUGCUGCAAAAUGAUCUUUCACAUGAAGUGCGCCACCAACGUUUCAGACCUUUGCUCCACAUUUGUAAAAGUAAUAAUUGAAAGCAAACGGAUAUUAAUUUAAAUUGCAUAUUGCUGGACACGCUAUCAUUUCCUAACUUUUUUUUUGUUAUCAUUAUGUUGGUAAAGAGAGACACUGUAUUUUUUUCAUGCCUCAUGUAGAAAUACUAAUAAAUGUUUAACCCACAGAA